AGAAGCCACUUUGUUUGAGGUGGGGUGGCGUGGUGGGACAGAACUUAACAGCCCAACCGCUAGAGCUGGGAGAAUUCCGGCUUUGAGCUUGACACCAUGCCUUCUUCCCUCCUGCGCUCUGCUGCCGAAAGAGCCACUCGCGCUGCAAUGUCCUUGACCCCUCAACGCGCCGACCAAACUGUCUGCGUGUACACCUUAUUGCCAGAAAGAUCUUGGGCCAGAGAAUGGAGAUAGAGUGCUUUACUUCGCCGGUUCUCUUUUCUCUUCCUGCUCUCAUGGCCUGCAUCUCUGUUGUUUGAGCCGUUUAUCCAGUUGAUAUAAUCUGAAAGGUUAGCCAAAUUUAUAUAAUCUGAAAGGUUGAGAUGAGUGAUUAGCUAAGAACUUUGCUCUCGUGAAGAGUGCCCGGUGACUCCACUUGAGAAGGUGCACGAAGCAAGCAUACAGUAACAAUGGCUGAAAUGGAAGAUGCACUGAGAUCCUGCAUGGAGCAGCUUCUCAUUGCCAGAGAAGAGCGGGAGCAAAUCAUCGUUGAAGCAGCCAGCGAGAUAUCCUCCCAGCAAAAGAAGCUCCGUGAACUACAGCACAGCCUCGAAGCCGCGAACAAGAAGGCCGCGAAGCUGGCCGCAGAGAACAACAGCCUCUGCAAGGCCAUGGACGCCAAGGACAAGCUCGUCAGGGAGCUGAGGGAGGCCAAGGCAGCCUCGGACCAGGAGCUCUCCGGCGCGACGGCGAAGCUGGACGCGGCGCAGAAGCAGAGCGCGUCGCUGCAGUACGAGGCGCGCGUGCUGCAGAAGGAGCUGGAGGUGAGGAGCCAGGAGCGGGAGUACGACCUCAGGUCCGUGGACGCCGCGCGCGCGCAGCAGGCGGACAGCCUGAAGAAGAUCGCGCAGCUGGAGGGGGAGUGCCAGCGGUUGCGCGCCAUGGUCCGGAAGCGGCUCCCCGGGCCGGCCGCCUUGGCCAAGAUGAGAGACGAGGUCGAACCGCAGCAGCAGCACCCGCCAUCCAGGGCCGGGGCCAGCCCGAGGCGGCCGCGUUCCGUGACGCCGACCAUGUCGCCGCGUUCCGUGACGCCGACGAUGUCGCCGCGGCGCGCUCCGGAGCCUGACCAGAGCUACGCCGUCAGGCUGCGCGCGAUCGAGGACGAGAACAAUGUUCUGAAGCGGAUGCUGGCGACGAGGGACACCGAGCUGCAGUUCACGCAGGCGAAGUGCGCGGAGGAGGCCAGCAAGCUCUCGGCGGUGCAGGGGCAGCUCAAGGUGCUGACGGAGGAGAGCAAGCGGCUGAGCGACGCACAUGCGAAGUCCGAGUCGUGGGCCUCUGCUUUGGUAUCUGAACUGGACCAGCUCAGAGCUGGGAAGCAAGGACAGGGAGCAUCGUCCGUUAUGGUGUCCGACAUGAGCUUGCUCGAUGACUUCGCCGAGGUCGAGAGGUUGGAAAUGGCAUUAGAGGAUCAUCAGACAUCAGGACAAUCGGGAACCGUGGUGCCCGAGAAGAACGGCGAGAGUCUGGCCCAAGAACAUGAUCAUCCUGAAUGGCUGCAGGAUGUCUGGAAACUCGUUACAAGUAACCAUGAAGCAACUGGAGAAACCAUCGACGCCAUCGUUGAUGGAAUAAGGCGUGCAUUGGACGAGGGUCUGGUCCAUGGGAAUGGAGAUGCUUCUGAUCUGCCGUAUGACCGGACCAAAGUGGAGAAACUGAUCGCCAAUCUGAUCGACAAAAUCACGUCCACGAUCCGCAUUUCAGCGGAAGACGAUGCUGUGAGGUCUGGAUCUCUGUUGCAUGCCAAGCCUGAACUUUGUGCCCGCCUCGAGUACCUGGUUCAUAUCUGCCAUGAUGUGCUACAAAGGAAAGCCAGGCUUGAAGGUUUUAUCGACGAGGUUUGCAUGGUACUAGAGUAUAUAAUGAGCCGAUACUUCUCGAACCAAGUUCGAUCGGACAAUAUGGAUGGUAACGAAAAUGAUUUCGAUGCACAUGAUGAACCUGACGUCCAGAGUGCAACAUCAGCAGCAGCACUGGAUAUUCAAACAGAAGCACAAAAGGAACAGAUUCAGUCACUGGAAUGUCAGCGCCCUCAUAAUAUUAAAGAGAGACAGCUGAAUGAAGAACUUGCAAUGGUCAUGCUAGAUCAGAAUGAUGGUAUCCAACCGGGGAGGAAGUCGUCAUACUAUGAGACGGAAAGUCUCACUGCUGAUGGAAUGGCAGAAGGCUUGGCACAAAAGGAGGCAAAGCAACUAACAACAAACUCAGAGAUAUCUGCAGCGGCUGACAAGCUUGCAGAGUGCCAGGAGACCAUCACGAAUCUAAGCAAACAAUUGCAGGCUCUCCAGACUCCGCUGAAUUCAAGCACUCCAGACAUCUCAACGCACAGCCCACGGCCGAGCUCCGCUGACUACAAGCCCCAAUCGUUGGGAAGCAUCCUUGCCGACGAGGGCGCCGGCACAACCGAGGGUCACAUCUCUCCCAAGAAAGAGCAUGGCGAGCACGACGCGGCAGCACGAAAGAGCACGGUACAAGAGCAGAAUCCUGACGCCGACGGGAAGCCAACGGUGGGGCAAACUGUUGUUCAGCCGUUGGUCCCGGGACACGAGACUGCUGCUGAUCCUAGGAAGAAGAAGCGGGGUCCGGGCUUGCUAGGCAGGAUGAUCUUCAGGAAAAGAGUGGAGGGCAGCUCCUCCUAGACUGUGUUGAACCGUGCGAGUGUGUGUGCGAUCUGGCCCUAGUGCUACGGUGCAUCCUUUUUGGCCAAAUGUUCGACUUCGCUGGCAGAGUCUGAACUCUGAAGCCUGGUGUUGAGAGGCUCUGAAACAUGCUGUUUAUCGAAUGUUUUGUUGUUGACGUGAACCUGGUUUCCCUAUGAGUAUUUAUGGAAUGCAUUGUUGCGCAAAUGUUUACUU